ACUGUUAACAGGUGACUUUUUUGAGAAGUGGUGGUACAGUUUUACAGUACAGGCAACGGUAUGAGUUACGGAAAAGCUGUAGCAUUCUCCAUGUGAUUUGUGCGGCGCCUGGCGCGAGGCUAGCGAGUAGAAUGGAUCCCACGGAGUGGGGAGGGUAGUGGUGGCGACCGCUUCACGCAGUAACUGGAAUCACUACGAGAAGAAAGCGUGUGGCGCUCGGUGUAGCGUCCAGUUGCAAGCGUGGAGUGUGGUGGCAGUGUGUGCGUUUUCGCUUGUGUGUCGAACAGCAUUCACGGAUGUAAAUAUCGCAUACAAGGGGGAAAAGAGCUUGUUACAGUUCUGCAGACCAACGGAAAUGCUAAAAAUUUUGUGUAUUAUCAGGAACUGCUGAGAGGAAAUUAAUUCAGGGGUUGUUUUCUGACGCCAUCUUGAUCGUGUGCUGUCAACAUGUAUAAAUUAUUGGGAGGGCUGAAGGAAUACCUGAAGUGGCAGGACAUCGUUACUGAUAAUGCCAUUUUCAGACUUCAUAACUUGUUCACGACAGUUUUGCUACUGACAUGUUCUCUCAUUAUUACGGCCACGCAGUAUGUUGGCAACCCCAUACAUUGCAUUGUAAAUGGAUUACCAGUCAGGCCAAUAAACACGUAUUGUUGGAUUACAUCAACGUUUACGAUGCCGGAUGCUUUCCUAAGACAAGUGGGCAGUGAAGUGGCACAUCCUGGAGUGGCAAACGACUUCGACGAAGAAGAUGCCAAGAAGUAUUACACUUACUAUCAGUGGGUGUGUUUCGUGCUUUUCUUUCAAGCUAUGUUAUGCUAUACUCCGAAGUGGAUAUGGGACAGCAUCGAAGGAGGAUUGUUAAGAACUCUGAUCAUGGGUUUAAAUCGUGGUCUGUGCCAAGACGACGAGAAAUGUAUGAAGAAGAAGGCCUUAAUUGAAUAUCUGUUACGUCAUAUCAAGAGACACAACAUGUACGCACUGAAAUACUGGUUCUGUGAAACUUUGUGCCUGGUAAAUAUAAUUGGCCAGUUGUACCUAAUGAACCACUUCUUUGAUGGAGAGUUCUUCAGCUAUGGCUUGCGUGUAGUGGCUUUCUCAGAACAGUCUCAAGAGGAACGUGUUGACCCAAUGGUUUAUGUGUUUCCGCGAGUAACGAAGUGCACAUUCCACAAAUAUGGUGCUUCUGGCUCUAUACAGAAACAUGAUUCACUUUGUGUACUUCCUCUCAAUAUAGUCAAUGAGAAAACUUACAUUUUCCUGUGGUUUUGGUACAUUAUACUAGCAGCACUUUUAUCUGUACUAGUUGUUUAUAGAGCAGUUAUUUUAGCCGUACCUUCUGUACGGCCAAUAUUAUUGCACGCACGUAACCGUAUGGUACCAAAGGAGGUCACAAAUGCAAUAUGUCGUAAGACAGAUGUUGGAGACUGGUGGAUUCUGUAUAUGCUUGGACGUAACAUGGAUCCUAUGAUUUAUGGAGAAGUCAUAGCUGACCUUGCGAAGAAAAUUGAGACUCCUUCGAGUAAUAAUCCUUGACUGAAGUGUUACUGACUCUACUCAAAAAUUCAAUUGUGCUUCAUACUCAAGAUGUUGACUGAAUACGGUACUGCCAUACUGUGUCACUAUUAUUGCACCUGGUAAUUAGAAUAAAUUUGUAAUGAAAUAUUUUGUGUCAUUUAUGCUAUUUCAGUUGGCUCAUUCUGGUUUUCUAAAGCAUGUGGCAUGUGUAAUUAAUCAUUUUGAAGGCAAUUUAGGAUUGUAUGUGAUCUGACACAAAGUCGGCUUUUUAUAAUUUAUAUAAUUUUUGUGUGUGUAACUGUAUUACUACAUCAGCUAUAAUUUUCAGUAAAUGAAACACCAAUUGAAGAGUAUUAUUUAUAUUAUUUUCUUGUAACUGUGCAGUCAUUUCCUGCACAUUUGUAAGACACUAAGAUACAUUACGUACAUGUAUUUCAUACUUGUUUCAUUCCACAAAUUUUAAGGAAUUAUGUGACUGCCGUGAUUUCCUUCUCCAUCUUCUUGCCUCGGAGUUCUUUUCUUUGAAACUACUUGUUUCUAAAGUGAAAUAAAAUUAUGUAUUAUGUAUUGGUAGUAAGUACAAAAUUUUUAAAAUCUUUGUCAUUUAUAAUCUCUUUUAUGGAGUAUAAUCAGCUAUUUUUGAUAAAAAAAUUUACAUGUAUUCAGCAUUGAUGAACUUUGUAUUAACUGUUUGAAACUAUGACUGUAGAUUUUUUUUAUGGCACAAUUGCUAAUGCAAUGAAUUAAAGAUCUGUUUCUUGUACAGCUGUUUAGAGUUCAGUGUAUGAUCUGGAAAUAUCCUGCUAAAUUCCUGUACAAACGUAAUAACACAAUAAUUAUGCAGAAUUGGCAGUGAUGUUAUCAAAUAGACUGUCCAGAAAUGCAAAGUGAGCAUAAUAAUAUAAGCUUUCGAUGUGUUCCUGUUAUUGGAAGGAGAGCUAACCUUUCACAUUUGCUCAAGUUGAAAAUGAAGCAGUGAUACAGAAAACUGACUGACAUUACCUAAGAGCUUUGCUCUGUUGGUGAGUACAUCACCACUGAUUAUAAUUAAAUGGUAACUUGGUGCAAAUAUCUGUACAAAUCAUUUUGGUGUGAAAACAACAGAUUUGUAAUUAGUGAUUGCAUACAUGCUUAAUACGUUUCAUAUAUGUAAUAUCCACUGCCUAUGAUUGUUCUGUAAUGAUUGUUAUAUUGUCUGUUUCAGUAUCAUGUGAUAGCUUGUGCGAAUCUUUUUUCAAAAGAAUCUUGCCACAUAGCUCACAUGUUUAACAAAGCGUGCUUCCCACUGCUUAAAUCUGAAAUGUAUUCAGAACUACUCCAUUUAUAUUGUUAGAAGGUUCAGUAAGAUUUUCUUUUGAACCAUUUUCUAGCCUCUGUUAUUUUGAGGUGAUGGGAGUUUACUAUUGUUAAGACAAAGUUUGCACAUUGUAAAAUUACAGAAUAGGGCAAUUUUGUUACUAUAAGUCUGAUACAAGUAUUUACAGGAAGUACCAUUUCCUUCAUUAUUUCCUGUUAUAUAUGAUAUUAUAGACUUCCACUUUUCAGCUUUCCCAUGAGAUGUCUUUCAUCAUACUGGUAGUUGUUAUAUUUAAUACUGAACGUAGCAUGUGUAAACCAAAAAAAUCAAAAUAAAAUAAUUAAUAAAAAGAGAGAAUGCAUGUGCAGAAGUAUCACAGGUAUUCUAGUUGUAUUAUGAGGAUCAUCUAAAUUUUACAGACACCACUAACUUUUCAAAGACAAUGCAACAUAAAUUGUAGUGACAUUGCUCCCACAAGAAUACUACUUGUUUUAAUGGAGGUACCAAUGCUGCGGUUGGUAGCUCAUUUGUCUGGUUCAGAGAGAGGCGGGGUCACCAAUGCUGCCAUUGGAAUAUUUUAUUUACAGUUCUUUUUUUUUCCAGGGGUAAUGUAAAAAAUACAUUAUUUAACUCCACUGAGUAAACUACCCUGGCAUAUUUUAAACAGAAUUUCUACUGAAGUUGACUGUGUAUGCUUGGAUACUCCUAUGGGAAACAUAUUCCCAAGCAGGAAACAGUGACUUUUUGUGAGCAGGAUUUCGUGUAGCAUUCAUUAUCAAGCUGUAAGACCAGUUAUUGAUAGUGGCCUUUUCUCUCAAAAUUUUCAUCAGUGUUUCACUGGAAUUACUGAAAGUGAAUGGAUCUAUCAAUUUAUUAAACUGUUAUGUUGGAUCUUUCUUUCAUUCUUAAUGUGUACUAUUAAUAGCAUAAUAUAUUUCCACAAGUUUAUAGCAGUCUUAUAAAGUCUUAGUUUAACAUUUUAUUGUGUUUACUCACAUUGUUCUCGGCAGCCAGAGACAGUUAGUGACAAUCUAUCCUUUUCAAAAUACUAUUAAGCUUUGCAUGUGAUGACUAAUCACCUAUAUUUACUUUGGAAAUAAUUUUUUUGUGCCUGAGUGCCAUACCUGUCACCACAUUGUAACUCAGGAUGAAAGAGUUGUGUAUGCUUCCUUUCUGUGACUUGUGUAAAUUUUAAUGUUUUUAUUGUUAUCCUUCAAUAGUUUGCGUGAGAAACUACCUGUAAAAUACAUCCUGCCUUGCCAGUUUACCAAACCAUUGGUUGUUACUCUAGUGUGCUAAUCAAUCAGUCUGACCCAUCUUUUCUUGCAAGCACGCACACUGCACUUUAAAUUAUACAAGGUCAAUUAAUUUAACAUACUUCUCAACAAAAUAUUUCAGUUUGUGCUUCAUUUUUGCAGCUGUGCAUUUAAUAGUUCCUCCUAUGAUAGCUGAAAAUGGUAUGCACACAUAAAAUACAUAUUGUGAUGUCAAGUUAUAGGCCUUCUAGUCUUUGUUAGUAUUGGUAUAUACUCCGUGCUGCUUCCCAGGCUUGAUACUAUUAGCAGUGUGACCUUUUCUCAUGUAAGGAUGACUGCCCUGCAUAAAGUAAGCAAUUGCGACUGUUGAACACACUACCCAUCAGUUUUCUUUAGUUAUUACAAGAAAAGCAGUCGGCAGAAAAUACAUUCUGAAGAUCAGAUUUAGACAUGCAACUGUCCCACUAAUAAAUUUUUGUGUUGGUCAUACAGCGCUAAAAGUGUGGUCCUGAACAGUUUGCAUUCGGGAGGACGACGGUUCAAUCCCGUCUCCGGCCAUCCUGAUUUAGGUUUUCCUUGAUUUCCCUAAAUCAUUUCAGACAAAUGCUGGGAUGGUUCCUUUGAAAGGGCACGGCCAAUUUCCUUCCCAGUCCUUCCCUAACCCGAGCUUGCGCUCCGUCUCUAAUGACCUCUUUGUCGACGGGACGUUAAACACUAACCACCAUCACCACCUGAACAGUUUCAAGAAUUUUCAGUUUAUUGAUUGUCAAAUUAAUGUUUUUUUUAAUGUUCUCUGUAAACACAUAAAUUACAGUUUCUUUAUUUUUUCAUGUAUAUCACAUUUCACUGACUGUUACAUCAGACUGAUUGUAAAGUUUCUGGAAACUGACUGAAUAUUAUAAGACAUUGCACUAAAUCUGUCUCUUUGAAUGGGAAUUGGUUCAUAGCACAUCAUCAGUAAGUUUUGUAAAUUUGUGAUAUUGUGUCUAAUCUUCUAUCACGUGACAGUGUGUGGAGCUUCCCUUCCAGCUAUCAGAAAUGACAGGCAAACAUAAAACUUCUGACUACAGUUGGUCAUACAAUUGUUAGAAAACAGUGUAAAAGUAAUAGCUGAGAACACACACACACACACACACACACACACACACACACACACACAUGGACACUUUUUCUGUGUUCCAUUAUUAUGCACAUGGAGAUUGGCUUCACUGCUGAAGAAUAGUCGUAAUAAUGAGAUCAUAUGAAAUUAGAAGACAUAGGAAAUCUAAAAUGGGUAUGACGCUAGAUCAUUGGUGUUACU